AAAAAAUGAGAGAAUUUUUCUAAUGUUACGAACUUGGACAUGCAUGAUCACUAGUUUAAGCAUGAUUUUCUCCGUCCUUCCUAGAAACCUUCUCCGGGUUCUCCUGUUCCUACCGAUCUGUUCAGGGCAAAAUUUCUCUGAGUUUACUCCGAGUCCUAUUCCUCUUCAUCCUGAACCUCCAGCUCCUCCAUCUAUCCCUGAUCUGCCAAGCUUCCAGUCCUUGCUCGGAGCAGAAUUCACUAACUUUGGAGAAAAUCUAGAUUUCAAUCCUUCUCCUGCACAAUCUCCACAAGAAUGGGAUGUUCCAACAUCCACCUCCUCCACCCCCUCCGCCUCUACAAUAGAAACAGCAUCUGCCGCGGCAGAUGUUGUUAGAGGAGAACGAGGAAUAAGCAGUACAGGAGAUAUCGUUCUCGAACCUUUUAAGGUUGAUGGUGAGGAAGAGCUUGAAGCAGCUGGGAGUCAUGAAGUUGAAUCUCUUCACGCUUAUGUUCCAAAGAGUCAAGAUUAUGAUUCGUAUGAAAAAGAAAGCAGAGACUAUGGGUAUGGCGGAGGUGGUGGAUACGGCGGAGGUGGUGGAUAUGGCGGAGGUGGCGGAUAUGGAGGAGACGAUCAUAGUAGCGGAGGGUAUGAAGACGAUCAUGGCGGAGGAUAUUCCGGCGGACACGAGAGUGGCGGAUAUGGGGAUACCGGAUAUAAGGGUGAUAGAAAACAACAUCCGCGACCAAAAAAGGUUCAACCCCGUAAACCUGGACCUUUCGGAUAUCCUACUCCAAACUUCAAGUGUGAGAAAUCAAGCGAAACACUGUAUGUGACAGAAACAAGGUGGACGUACGAGAAUAAAUGCUUUACAGUGUACAAGGUUCAGUGCUCCGAAGGAUAUGAUACUGGAAAGGAUAUUGGGUACCAGAAGCACUGUAACGAGUUUACUGAGACGAAAUGUAGAACAGUUUAUGAUACAAGCAGUGAGGAGAGAUGUUGGACUAUUUAUAAAAAGGAGUGUGAUAUGGUGUAUGAGACUAAGGUAGACUGGGAGUAUGAGCAGAAAUGUACAACAAGCUACGAGGAGGAGUGUCAUGGAUAUGGAUACCACCAGGAGUGUGAUCAGGUUCCUAAAGAGCAUUGCAAACAGGUUCCCAAGAAAGUAGAGAAGCAGGUUCCAAGAACCAAAUGUAAACAGGUUCCAGACAAGAGAUGCCAGGAUUUCCCAAUAAAUGUUCCAAGAAAGGAAUGCAAGGAGUUCCCUAAAACAGUUUGCACCCAGGACCCAGUUAACGUUCCCAAGAAGAUUCCUAAGAAGACCUGUAUCCAGGUUCCAAAAGAGGUGUGCAACAAGGUUCCCAAGCAAAUAGUUGAAGAGGUUCCUAAGAAGGUUGGGAAGAAGGUUUGUGUGAGCACUAAACCAACUUCAUCCUACUCAGAACCAUCAUAUAGUCCUCCGUCAUCUGGAUACGAAAGUAGCUAUUCUGCUCCAGAUAGUUAUGGAGCCCCGGCCCCAAGCUACUCUGCUCCCAGCUACUCAGCUCCGGCUCCCAGCUACUCCGCUCCAUCACCAAGCUACAGUGCUCCUGCUCCCCCCAGCUACAGUGCCCCUGCUCCCACCUACAGUGCUCCAAGUAGUAGUUAUGGAGCUCCAAGUUAUGACUACAAGAGGAGUGCUACAUAUGCAGUUGUGGCUCCGUCAGAUCACGGCGGUAUUACAAUCGGUUAAAAACGACUUACAAAAAAGUGAACAGCUGACUAUCCUAUGUAGUUUAACUUGCAAAACGUGAUUGACGUACAUAACCAAAGACGUCGUUUCCACGCAGUGAAUAAUUAAAAAAUAGCUUUCUUUUUGUUUUAAUAAAAAUGCCCCAGAUUAUUAUAAAUAUGCAUUUUGGUGAAAUGAGUUCUUAACCUUUCGAUCCCAUCAUGACGACAUGACCUUGUGAUAGAUUUAAAUAGCCAUAAACUCGUAAAUAUGUUCAAAUUCGGAGAUUUUCAUGAUAUUGACAACACGAAUUAGGGCACUUUUAAUAAACAUUGUUUAAACAUAUUUGUUAAUCGACCAGAGCUGAAAACUUUAGAAUGGUGGAUAUCGAGAUUAAUGC